UAAUGCGUAUGUAUCUCCAUGAUUUGCUUGUUGAAAGAUCUAGCUAUGCUUUAAAAGAUGAAAACCCAAAGUAUAAAGUUAUUCUAAGAUAAGAUUUCCUUCAAUAAAUGAAGAUAUUAAGGUUGUGUGUUUAGUUCGUAAAAGGCGUUCACAUGAGGAAGAGAAAUUGCAUUUAGAAUAGGUAUUCAUAUGAUAAUAAAAUCGAUAAGAAAUUACUUUCUAAAAUAUUUAUCAUUGAUUAAGAUGAUAUAUUCGAUAAAUUUUGUUUACAAGGAUCCUUAGAAGAUAUCAUAAACUUAUUAAUUGAAUGUUCUAAUGGAUUAGCAUUUUCAUCUUAACCAAAGGUUACAUUAAAUUCAAUUGCAAAAUAAUAUAUUGUAAAUGAUGCUAUUUGGUUUAAUCCAAAAACAUAUUAAACAUGUGCUGGUUGGGUAAUAAAUGAAUUUGAAAAAGCUAUAGCAUUGAUGUAUAAAUUGAUAUAUGAUUACUUAGAUAUUAUUAAAGUUAAUAAGGAAAUUUAACUGAUAACAAUUCAAUUUAAAAUGAGGAUCUUAAAAAAUAUUGGAUGUAAAAUGUUGAUUUUAAAUAAAAAAUAAUUCAUUAAAUUCCUUAAAUAUGUAAAGAAUUUAAGAAUGCUCCAAAAAAGAAAAAUACUAAAUAAGAAGAUAUUUUAUGGGCAUAAUUAUUAAUGAAAAAACCCAUUUAAUAAAAUGAUGGAUAAAAUACAUAUGAUAAUAAUAUAACAUCAUUAGAAAUAAAUGAAACAGAAAUCAAUUAAUUAUUUGAGAAUAAUAAUUUUGAUAAUAUUUAUUGUUUACCUUUAGAAAGAUUUAACUCACUUUCAUCUUUUUGUGAAAAGAGAGUUUUAAGAAUGAUUAGAGAUUAAUUUAAAGAAAAAUUAGUCAAAGAUCUUUAAGAAAUAGAAGGCAAAGAAAAAAAGAAGAGUUAAGAUUAAAAAAAGAAAUCUAAGAAAUAGAAAAAAUAAAAAAAUAAAAAUGAAAAUGAUUCUUAAAAAAAUCUUAUAUCAAUUUAAGAUAAAUGUAAUAGUUUUGAAAUUACUGAUAAAUAAGAUACAACUUAAGAUGAUGUACAUUGUAUUGAAUGUGAAUGCAAUAGACAUUCAAAGUAUAAUAUAAUUUAACUUUAAGUCCUUGUUCUGAUAAUAAGCAAAUAGAUUUUAUAAUUGCUGAUCUUCAUAAAAAAGAUACCAAUAUUAUAGAGCCAACUAAAAUUACAGAAUUGAUUUAAGAAAUGGAAUUAAAUCAAAACGAAUUAAAUGGUUAAAAUGAUGAUGAAGAUAAUUGGGUUGUAAUCACAGGACCAAAAAGAUAAAGAAAAAAGACUUAAAGAAAAUUUGCUAGUUCUUAGGAUCUCCAUUUCAAAAAAUCUAAUUCAAAUAAUAAAUCUAAUCCAAAUAAUAAAUCUAAUUAAUUAACUUAAAUAACUCCAACAUAAAAACCUAAAUCUUAAAUGAUAAAUCAAUUUAAUUAUUAACAAAAAGAUAUUUAAAAUUAAGAUAAAGAUAAAGAGAACUUUUCUAAUAGAAAUAGUCUAAAAAAUAGUAGUUAAGAAACACUCUCUUAAUAAACUUUAACUCCUGAAAAGAAAGAGAAUAUAUCUAUAUCUCCAUAAUCUGAAAAUGUAGAAAUUAUUAAAUAAAAUAAAUCUUCUUAAUAUCCUAUUUAAGUUACAGUAGAUGAAAAUUAAUUAAUUAAACCAUUAAAACAUGUAAUUUAAAUAUAAGAGUUGAGUCUAUGUUAAGAUGAAUUAUUAUUGGAUAAUAAUAAUAAUAAUUAAAAUAUAAAUUAUUCUUAAAAUAAUUUAGAAUUCUAAAAAACUAAUAAUCCUGAAGAAAUUGAUACAAUUAUUAUGAAUUAAGCUAGAACUUUGAUGAUUAAAAAAUUAGAUAUGGAUAUGAGAGAGUUUAAUGAUUUAAAUUUAACAAGAAAUUAGGAAAUUCUAUAAAUGAGGAGAAUAAUAUAUGAUAGAAUUUCCUUUGUUAUUAAUUAACUCUUUAGAGGUUAUAAUUUAAUAUUCUAUUAAUAGAAUUCAAUUCUACUGUUCGUCUAUUUGGAUCUUGUGCAACUGGUUUAGCCCUUCCAGAAAGUGAUAUUGAUAUUGGAAUAACAGGAUUUGAAUUGUUUCCAUCCACUUAAUUAAAUGUACCCAUUUAAAAAAUUAUUGAUUUUCUAUAAAAAAUGAAAUGGGUCAAAAAUAUAAGGUAUAAAAAUAUAUCAAAUUUUUUAUAGAGCAAUUACAACUUCAAAUAUGCCAUUGAUUAAACUUUAAGUUGAUCCUACUAUUUCUUUUGUAGAUUCCUCUCAUGUCAUUGUAUUACCAUAUAUUGAUCUAAUUCAAAAGUAUAUAAUAUAAAUGAUUAUUUAGUUCUGAUGAAGAAAUUCCAUCCCAUUUAUUUAGUGUAGACAUUAGCUUUUUUUAAUAUUAAGGAGCUAAAUAAAAUUGGCAUCUUGGAUAAAUUUCAACAGAAUUAACAUUAUAAUGGUUAUCUUUUUAUAGCGAAUUAAGACCAAUUGUUCUUUUAUUUAAGAGCUUAUUAAAAAAGAGAGGAUUAAAUGAUUAAUAUAAAGGAGGGAUCUCUUCCUUUUGUAUAAUUUAAAUGGUUUUAGCAUUUUUAGAGAGUUGCUAUUAAUAAAAUUAAGCUUCCUCUAUUGGAUUCACUACUUACAAAUUCUUAUAAUUUUAUGGUAUGGAAUUUGACACCUAAAAGACAGGGAUUAAUUAUAAAGGAUUUAAUUAAGAGUAAUGAUAUAUUAUAUAAUCUAGUCCAUUUUUUGAUUUAAAUGAAGAAGAUAAUUAAUUAUAAAUUACUAUCGUAUCUCCAAUUACAAAUGAAAUAAUUAGUCAAGCUAGUUCAUUUGUUUAAACUAUUUUAUAAGAUAUUAAGAGUUUGUAUUUAGCAACAGAAAAUGAAGUUACUUUCUUUUAUGAGAAAUUAAAAUAUAACAAAAAGAAAAAAGGAAAAAAAGAGGAAAGAAACUUAUUUCAAAAAGAACUGAAUAAACUUGGUCCUCUUUUUAGCAAUACUCUAUAUAAUAAAGCUUGA